CGACCCCUUGCGACAGAUUCGCACGGACUGCCGAAACGGAAAGAUAGCACUAUGAAACUGUUACUCGCCUUUCUCGCCAUUCUGGCGAUUUCUUAUGCCGAUGAAGAAAGCCCGGCAAGUUUAAUCGAAGACUCUGAAGCCGUCGCUUCAGUGGAACUUCUGAAAACUGAAGCAGAUACCAAAGCGGCAUCCAACUACGUGGCCCCCAGCCAGAGGCCCCCGAAGGGCUGGAAUGCCCCCCAGAUCGGUCAGCAGAACAACUGGAACCAGCCUCAAAGCUGGACUCCGCCACCCAAUAACUACUGGAAUCAAAACCAGAACCAGGUUGGCCAGUGGCCAUCUCCCGACGCUUGGAAACCAGACGGCAAUACCUGGAAUCAGAAUCAGUGGACUACUCCUCCCACGUGGACCGCGGCGCCGAGCUGGAGCCCGCCCAGCUACGUCCCCGGUUGGCAGAACCCGUCCAAACCGGUUCAACAAGACCAGCCUACCAACUCGUGGACCGUUCCUCAGCAGACCACCACGCCCGUCGCCGUAAUCAAGAACGACCAGUAUUAUGGAGACAACGGCAGCUACAAAUAUGAGUACCAGAUCGCCGACGGCACCCACGUAGGCGAAGAGGGCUACCUCCUCAACCCGAACACAGACAACGAGAGCCUGGUGAAGAAGGGCUGGUACUCGUACGUCGGUGGCGAUGGCAAGACUUACACCGUGACCUGGUGGGCUGAUGCCAGCGGGUUCCACGCGUCUGGGGACCAUUUGCCCACCCCGCCGCCGGUCCCGGCUGCGAUCCAGGCUGCUAUCGACCAAGCUGCAAAGGAGGAGGCUGCUAAACUCGAAGCCGAGAAGAACAAGCCGCAACACACUUAUCCCCAGCAGACUUACCCUCAGCAGACUUACCCUCAACAAACCUACCCUCAGCAGACUUACCCCCAACAGACUUACCCUCAGCAAACAUACCCUCAACAGACAUACCCACAGCAGACAUACCCUCAACAGACAUACCCUCAACAAACCUACCCCCAACAGGGCCAACAGACUCAAGGUAGCUACUACCCACAGCAUAAUAAACCAACUUACGGUUAGGUAAUUGCAAAUUCUUACCAAUUUAAUUUUAAUUUAUGUAGAAUAUUUGUCGUUGGAAGUUAUACAUUUACGGGCAUUUAAACGUAGCUUUUUAUAAAAACUACGUAUAAAUACGCGACGGGGGUAUCUCUACUCAUUGGGAAUAUAUGACAAAUUGUAGGUAUAGAAUAGUAUAGAUGGAUCACAUACUUACCUCUGACAUUUGUCUCUGCUCCUUGUUAAAAUAGGCUGAAGUACCUACAUUGUAAACCUUAAUUUUUUUUCACUUAUCCAGGCAGAAGGCCUGAACCCUAAGCUUGAAAAAUUUGUAUACUUUCCAAAAGACAAGUCAAAUAUAGGAGUAAUAAUGGGAUAAUUUCAGAUCGUUGUGAGCCCUCUUAAUUAAAAAAUAUCGGUCGGUCGGUACUGACGCUGAAGACAGAUUUCUGUUGACAAAAAACGGAUCUUUUUUUUGUAAUAAGAUGUCGACUCUGAGCAAUGUGGUAGUAUUUCUACCGAAUACUCGUACCGUUGCAGUCGGAAUCAAAACGCUCUAAAAUUUCCCUUAGCAGUAAUUUUGCUCACGAUUAUGUGAUUGUGAACAUGAUUCCUGUAUGUGUACGUACUUAUGUAUGUUUAGUAUUUGUGAUACUCAGGUAGUCAAUAAAAGAUACUUAAAA